AGGUGGCAAUCAGGGCGGUCCAGCUGCUGCGCUCCUUCCAGCUCUCAGCUGCAGCCGCGGUCCUGUUGCGCUGUCGCCGCUGCAGCCGCCGCCUUAGGUCCCCUUGCACCGCGCCUCUGCUUGGAGGCGGCCUCCCCCCGGCGCCGGGAGCAGACACCAUGUACGGAUUUGUGAAUCACGCGCUGGAGCUGCUGGUGAUCCGCAAUUAUGGUCCGGAGGUGUGGGAAGACGUCAAAAAAGAGGCACAGUUAGAUGAAGAAGGACAGUUUCUUGUCAGAAUAAUAUAUGAUGACUCUAAAACUUAUGAUUUGGUUGCUGCUGCAAGCAAAGUCCUCAAUCUCAAUGCUGGAGAAAUCCUUCAAAUGUUUGGCAAGAUGUUUUUUGUCUUUUGUCAAGAGUCCGGUUAUGAUACAAUCUUGCGUGUUCUGGGAUCUAACGUCAGAGAAUUUCUCCAGAACCUUGAUGCUCUACACGAUCAUCUUGCGACUAUCUAUCCAGGCAUGCGGGCACCCUCCUUUAGGUGCACUGAUGCAGAAAAGGGAAAAGGACUCAUUCUGCACUAUUACUCGGAGCGGGAAGGACUUCAGGAUAUUGUCAUUGGAAUCAUUAAGACGGUAGCUCAGCAAAUCCAUGGCACUGAAAUAGACAUGAAGGUUAUUCAGCAGAGAAAUGAAGAAUGUGAUCAUACGCAGUUUUUAAUUGAAGAAAAAGAAUCCAAAGAGGAGGAUUUUUAUGAGGAUCUUGACAGAUUUGAAGAAAACGGUACCCAGGAAUCACGGAUCAGCCCAUACACUUUCUGCAAAGCUUUUCCUUUUCACAUCAUUUUUGAUCGGAACUUAGUGAUCACCCAGUGUGGUAAUGCUAUCUACCGAGUGCUCCCUCAGCUCCAGCCUGGGAAUUGCAGUCUUUUGUCUGUUUUCUCUCUGGUCCGGCCUCAUAUUGACAUCAGUUUCCACGGGAUCCUUUCCCACAUAAAUACUGUUUUUGUAUUAAGAAGCAAGGAAGGAUUGUUGGAUGUUGAAAAAUUAGAAUGUGAGGAUGAAUUAACUGGGACAGAGAUCAGCUGCUUACGUCUCAAGGGUCAAAUGAUCUAUUUACCUGAAGCAGACAGCAUACUUUUCCUCUGUUCUCCAAGUGUGAUGAAUCUGGACGAUUUGACAAGGAGAGGUUUGUACCUCAGUGACAUCCCUCUGCAUGAUGCCACUCGAGACCUCGUUCUUCUGGGAGAACAGUUCCGCGAGGAAUACAAACUCACCCAGGAAUUGGAAAUCCUCACAGACCGACUGCAGCUCACAUUACGAGCUCUGGAAGAUGAGAAGAAAAAGACUGACACGUUGCUCUACUCUGUCCUUCCUCCCUCUGUGGCCAACGAACUGAGACAUAAGCGCCCUGUGCCUGCCAAAAGAUAUGACAAUGUCACCAUCCUCUUCAGUGGCAUUGUGGGAUUCAAUGCUUUCUGUAGCAAACAUGCGUCGGGAGAAGGAGCCAUGAAGAUUGUCAACCUUCUCAAUGAUCUCUACACCAGAUUUGACACACUGACUGAUUCCCGGAAAAAUCCAUUCGUUUAUAAGGUGGAGACUGUUGGUGAUAAGUACAUGACAGUGAGUGGUUUACCAGAACCAUGCAUCCACCAUGCUCGAUCCAUUUGCCACCUGGCCUUGGAUAUGAUGGAAAUUGCUGGCCAAGUUCAAGUUGAUGGAGAAUCUGUUCAGAUAACAAUAGGGAUCCACACUGGAGAGGUCGUGACCGGGGUCAUUGGCCAGAGGAUGCCUCGUUACUGUCUUUUUGGCAAUACUGUCAACCUCACAAGCAGAACGGAAACCACUGGAGAGAAGGGGAAAAUAAAUGUGUCUGAAUAUACAUACAGGUGUCUCAUGACCCCAGAAAACGCUGAUCCUCAAUUCCACUUGGAGCACAGAGGCCCAGUGUCCAUGAAGGGCAAAAAGGAGCCAAUGCAAGUUUGGUUUCUCUCCAGAAAAAAUACAGAAUCAGAGGAAACACAGCAGGAUGAUAACUGAGCCUCGGAUGGUCGGAUGAAGAGGACGGAGGAUUACUGCUAACACAGACCAGCAGAGGAGAAGGUUGCCUGUGGAGUCUGAUUGUUUGCUUUGUCCUUUUCAGUUAUCCUUGGCCUUUCUCCUAGGUAUAUCUUUUACUAUUCACUAUUUAACUUUAUCUCUGCUUCCAAUUAUUUUUCAGGUUUUUCUAUAUUCUGACGUUUGGCUUUAGAGGUGAAUGAUGUGAGCUUUAUGUGUCUUAACAUCCACUACAAGCCCCACCUAAAUGGUGAUUUGCAAGUAGUGGGCACCCAAUAAAUAUUUGUUGAAUUUAUUAAAAUGAAACUGAGCAGUCUUUGGCCAACUGGCUAGCUAACCAUGGUUUGCCAAUUCUGUUUAGUGUUCCCUAUAUAUGUAUAUUUUCAUGACGAUAGCCUAUAUCGAAGUUUCUAUUGUGUUGGUUGGCAUAAAUCAUUGUAGAAAUCAUUUUAUAAAGGAGUGAAUUCUUAGAUUUAGGGGAAAUGUGAUUUAUUUUCAGACUUUCCAAAUAAGAAUAAAUAGACCAGGCUAAGAAAAUAGUGACUAUUUUGAAGUAUGCUUCUUUCCCUUUGGUAAUAUAGAAUAUACUUUUCUGUUACUAAAAUGUUCGGUUGUUCAUUCAAAUCCUAUGGCAAUUGUGAUUCCUCCAAAAUGCUAUCUUUUGUAUGUUAUCCCUGCAUUAAAUCUCCCUAGCCACACACAGCUGUGAUGGAAACCUUGAGCUGGUGAUGCAUUACCUUGGGAUGAAUGUGGGGUUCUUACCACAUCCUCAAGUAAGGAGAAAAGCACUGCUUUUCUGGGAUCUGCCUGAUGGUCAGAGCCAUCUUCAGCCUUUUACUCCCGGAAUUAAACUUUGUCUUAGUUGAGAAGCACAUGACUCCAUCUAGAGCUUCCAGCUAAGAAAUAUUAAUUUAUAUUGACAUAGAAUGCUUUCUGAUUGGGCUAAUAAUUGACCCGUUGUUCUUUAAUGUCUCCAAAAAUAUAUGAAUGUCUAUCUUUUUAAAAUAGAGUGCAACUACUUUUGUGUAAAAAAAUGCUUGUCUUUAUAUUUAGUAUUUCAUAUCAGCACAUCAAUAUAUGUAUAAAUGUUCCAUGUUAAUGUGUAAAAGAAUUGGCAAUAAAUUAUUUUUUCCACUUGUC